AUGGCCAACGAUGCCGUUCACUGGCUGGUUGCCAGGGACUCGAGCGAUGAUCCGCAAGACACCACGCCGACGCUGUCUGGCCUGCUCACCACUCUAAUCCCCGCCCUCAUCUCCUUCGUUGUGAUGGUGUUGCUCUUCAUCAUCCUGCGUAAGAGCAAUCGCAGAAUGUACAUGCCCCGAACCUACAUUGGAUACCUCCGUCCCUGGCAGCGCACCCCCGACUCUCCGACCGGAACUUGGGACUGGAUCAAGGCCAUGUACCAGCUACCCGACACCUACGUCCUGCAGCACCACUCGAUGGACGCCUACCUGAUGCUUCGUUUCCUCAAACUCUGCUCCGUCAUUUUGUUUGUGGGCUGCUGUAUCACUUUCCCCAUCUUGUGGCCUGUCAAUGCCACUGGUGGUGGUGGAAAGAUCCAACUGAACAUGCUGAGCAUUUCGAAUAUUCACGAGACUCAAUACGGUCGUUACUACGCCCAUUGCUUCCUCGCCUGGAUCUUUGUCGCCUUCAUCUUCUUCAUGAUCACCCGCGAGCACCUCUUCUAUAUCAACCUGCGCCAGGCGUACCUUUUCUCGCCCGCCUACGCUAGCCGCCUCUCAUCUCGUACCGUUUUGUUUACAACUGUUACCGAGGACCUCUUGAACAAAGACAAGCUUCGCACUAUGUUUGGCCGCGACAAGGUCAAGAAUGUCUGGAUCGCAACCGAUACUAAGGAGCUUGAGGAGAAGGUCAAGGAGCGCGAUGCUGCUGCGAUGAAGCUUGAGGGUGCGGAGACUAAGCUCAUUGUGCUUGCUAACAAGGCGCGCAGCAAGGCUCUCAAGAAGCAAGGCUCGGCUGAGAACCCCGAGACUGACAUUGGUGAUGGCCAGUUUGAUGAUGAGUCUGGCUCCGUUGCUGCUCGUUGGGUGGAGGCUAAAAAACGUCCCACGCACCGUCUCAAGAUGCUCAUUGGCAAGAAGGUCGACACUAUCAACUGGGCCCGUUCGGAAAUCGAGCGUCUCUCCCCCGAAAUCGAGGAAUUGCAGGCCAAGCACCGCGCCGGAGAAACUAAGCUGGUCUCCUCCGUCUUUGUCGAGUUCUACAAUCAGUCCGAUGCCCAGGCUGCCUUCCAGUCUGUGGCCCACAAUCUCCCCCUUCACAUGAGCCCUCGCUACAUUGGUUUAGACCCUACUCAGGUUAUCUGGUCCAACCUCCGCAUCAAGUGGUGGGAACGCCUCGGUCGCUACGCUGCCACCCUUGCUUUUGUUUGCGCUAUGAUCAUCUUCUGGGCCAUUCCCACUGCAGUCGUUGGUGCUAUCUCCAACAUUGACUCUUUGACCAAGAUCGUUCCUUUCCUGAAGUUUAUCGACAGUGUUCCGUCAUGGAUUAAGGGUGUUAUUACCGGUCUUCUGCCUACUGUUAUGAUGGCCAUUCUCAUGGCACUAGUCCCUAUCAUCCUUCGCCUCAUGGCCAAGUUGGGUGGUGCUCCCAGUCUAGCUGCCGUUGAACUGACCGUCCAGAACUGGUUCUUCGCUUUCCAAGUUGUUCAGGUCUUCCUGGUCGUGACCGUUGCGUCAUCUGCCACCAGUGUCGUCAGUAGUAUCAUUGAUAACCCCUCUUCGGCUGCCUCGCUGUUGGCCCAGAAGAUUCCUACCGCGUCCAACUUCUAUAUCUCCUACAUCAUUUUGCAGGGAUUGUCUUUCAGCGCUGGUGCUUUGCUCCAGAUUGCCGGCCUUAUUCUCGGAAAGAUCCUGGGCAGGUUGCUGGAUAGCACCCCUCGCAAGAUGUACACUCGUUGGUCAAGCUUGGCUGGUCUCGGAUGGGGCACUGUUUACCCUGCCUUCACUUUUUUGACCGUUGUCGCAAUUGUCUACUCUUGCAUUGCGCCGCUUGUCAUGGGCUUCGGUACCAUUGGUCUUUACCUGUUCUAUUUCGCCUUCCGGUACAACCUGUUGUAUGUGUCGAACGCAACCAUUGACACCCAGGGUCGGAGCUACACCCGUGCUCUGCAGCAGCUCACUGUCGGCUGCUAUCUGUCUAUGGUUUGUCUGAUUGGUCUGUUCGCCAUUGGCUCCGGCGCCAACAGGAUGGCUCUCGGUCCCCUGAUCCUCAUGAUCCUCCUCCUGAUCUUUGUCAUCCUGUUCCACCUCUCGAUGAACACCGCCAUGGAGCCCCUUCUUAACUACUUGCCCAAGAACCUCGAGGCAGAGGAGGAGAGCUUGCUCGCCGCUGAGAACACUAACAUCGGUACCUUGAACGAGAAGUCCAAGACCGAGGACCUGAACGGCGCUAGCGGCUCCAUCUCCGGCCCCCGCGACAGCGGUGUCGGCAACGUGGACAACGGCCUCGGCAGCGUCGACUCAGCCGAGAAGGGUCUCACCGAGACCUCGUCGCCAGCACCUAAGCCGAACGUGUUCACCAAGUUCCUGCGUCCGGACCUGUACCACAACUACCACCAGCUGCGCAAGUUGGUCCCCAGCUCCUCGGAGAUCCCUACUUACCCCGCCGAAGUUGAGCGUGACGCCUACUGCCACCCGGCCAUCACCUCGCAGCCUCCUCUUCUCUGGAUUCCCCGCGACGCUCUUGGAGUCAGCUCCCAGGAAGUCGCGCACACCUCGCGCGUCAUCCCCAUCACGGACGAGGACGCCUACCUCGACGAGAACUGCAAGAUCCAAUGGAACGAGGAGAAGGGCGAGCCCCCCAUCUACGAGGAGAAGAUUGCCUACUAA